AGAACGUUUGUCGCCUAAACUUGAGACAGUCGGAGAGGCAAAGCUCAGAGCUGUGCUUUCAGAAGAGCCGGCAGUGGUAAGUUGUAAUAGCGGCGUACUACAAUGACAUGCAGCUGAGCAAAUGCGAGAAUGCGCGCACAUUCAUUUAUCAAAGGAGAAUGUUCCACUCUCAACGUCGGCAAAUAGCAGCUUGAAAUCGCGUUGAAUUGAAGCUUUUGAUCUGGAAUUUUAAUCAAGUCUUUUCAUCAGUCCACCAGCAUGCAAGCAGCAGUGCGAUGGGUUGGCUCGGCGCCUGCCAUUGCAUUUCAGCAUCCCGUUGUCAGCAAUGGAAAGUCAUUGGAAACGGGAAAUAGAGCUAGAUUUUGCAGUUUGAAGUCAAGAGGCCAGUUUGGAAAUAAGGUUCCUGGUCUAUCAGGGCAUCGGAUGGCCGUUAAAGGUCGCAGAUCGUCAUUGCCUCUGUCGGGGCAGGUCAGAGCAACCAGUGACAUGACAUCAGUGAAAACCGAAGCCCAGCCUGUCACCUUCUAUGAUAUCCUGGGGGUGUCCAGGGAAGCAAGCACUGACGAUAUCCACUUGGCUUACAAGGCGAGGAAGAAGCAGAUCAACGAAAAAGUGGGGUCCGAUGCGAAAGAGCCUCUGGAGGCCCUUGAGGCUGCUUAUGACGAGUUGCGGGAACCGGAGAGCCGCCGCUUCUACGACUUCGGGCUGGCGAAUCAGGCUGUCGGGGAUGCGCCGUUUGUGUGGCCGUACGAGGUGGACAUGACGCAGCGCCUUGCCGCAGAGACGGAGCAGAAGUUCAAGGAGGAGGCCGAUCCCACUCUCUUCUCGGGUUUCGACAACGACGGCCUGUCAGACGACGAGCAAUACGACUUGACGUCCGAUCUGCUGAUCAUAGGGGUCCUACUGUCCUUGAUAAUCAGCGCUGCGCUGAAAUUGGGCAAUGUUGGCUUGAAUUCGUUCCAAUCGAUGGGUGAAACGGCUGUAGAAAUGUGGGAAAAGCUAGGACCUUAGUGCGGUAAAAAGGUUGGGACCGACCAUUCCGUAUUGGCGUCUUACCAAGGUUUGAAGCAAUGACAGCGUGUAAAGCAUGUACUUUGUAUGUGACUGCAAAGCAAGCUGACUUGGGGUACUAGGACAAUUCAAUUGUUGGCAACAAUCCGGCUCUGCCAUUCGUAUCAUUGUUCAAGGGCCAUCACUUCACUAUACCAUCCGAAGGAAAGUCUGCUGAUGGUUUACCAAAU